AUGCCCGUGCCGAGUAGUAACAAUGCAAGCUCAAAUGUCCAGAAAGCUCCUGGUGCAAAAGCCACCAAAACUGCAAGCAAAAAGAAGGAUGAGGAAGAGGGUGUGGAGACUGGUGAGGGAUAUGAUGAGUGGUCUCAUGGGAAAGCACUUACUAAACCUGCGGAUCAGCUGGAGCUCAAUGAGACUGAGCUGAAAGAGGAAAUCACAAGGAUCUUGACUGCAAACAAUCCACAUGCCCCCCAAAAUAUUGUCCGGUACAGCUUCAAGGAACGUUCCUACAAGCCUAUCAGUGCUGUGGAUCAGAUGGCUCUUCAUUUUGUCUUGGAGGGCAGUCUCCUGCAUCAAGACUCAGAUGAGGCUCGAAGACUGAGGGCCAAGGAGGGUCUUGCUGAAGAGACUGCAAAAGUUGAUGCUGGAGCAGAACCUGAUGAGGAGAAACCUGAAACCCCGGCUACACCGGUAGAGGAUGGAGGGGAAGUGGAGGAAGCUGGGGAAGAGGACAGACCAGACAGCGUUGCCUCCAAAACAGACAAAAAGGAGCCGAAAGUUACUAACCAGUUCAACUUCAGUGAAAGGGCCUCCCAAACCCUCAAUAAUCCUCUAAGGGAGAGAACUUGCCAGACGGAACCUCCUCCACGCAGCAUUUUCUCUGCCACGGCUAAUCAGUGGGAGAUCUAUGAUGCGUAUGUGGAGGAGCUGCAGAAACAAGAAAAGAACAAAGAGAAGCUGAAAGCUGCACCAUCAAAGAAAGAUGGUGAAAGAAGUAAAAAGAAGAUGAUGCUGACAGAAACUCAGAGUGACGACAUCACCAAAGUGGCAAAGGCGACCAAGAUCUUUGAACGAAUGGUCAAUCAAAAUACAUUUGAUGACAUAGCUCAAGAUUUCAAAUACUUUGAGGAUGCCUCUGAUGAGUUCAGGGACCAGGAGGGCACCUUGCUUCCUCUGUGGAAGUUCCAGUAUGACAAAGCCAAAAGGCUGUCUGUCACUGCCCUCUGCUGGAAUCAGAAAUAUCAGGAUCUUUUUGCUGUGGGAAUGGGAUCCUAUGACUUCAAUAAACAGGGGCAAGGUAUGCUUGUCUUCUACUCAUUGAAGAACUCUGCCUUCCCAGAGUAUAUCUACGCCACCAGUUCUAGCGUCCUCUGCCUUGACAUCCAUGAGCAGCAUUCCUACCUGGUGGCGGUAGGCUUCUACAACGGCUGUGUGGCUGUCUUCAACCUGAAGGAGGAAGGACUGGGACCUGUGUUUAAAAGUACUGCUAAGACUGGCAAGCACACUGACCCUGUCUGGCAGGUGUGCUGGCAGAAUGAUGACAUGGACAACAAUCACAAUUUCUAUUCUGUGUCAUCUGAUGGUCGAGUUGUGUCUUGGACACUUGUCAAGAAUGAACUGGUCUUUACAGACAUUAUCAGACUGUCGCUGAAUGGUGCUGUCCCCGAAGGGCCAGAGGGUACACAGCAGCCAAGCAUAGCAUGUGGUACAUCGUUUGACUUCCAUAAACAGAUCGACUAUCUCUUCCUAGUUGGCACAGAGGAGGGGAAAAUACACAAGUGCUCCAAGACUUACUCCAGCCAGUUCCUGGAGACCUACAAUGCCCACAGCAUGGCAGUGGAUGCUGUGAAGUGGAACCACUUCCAUCCAAAGGUUUUCAUCUCUUGCAGUUCGGACUGGACUGUCAAGAUCUGGGACCAUACCAUCAACACUCCGAUGUUCACCUUUGACCUGAAUGCAGCUGUUGGUGAUGUUGCCUGGUCUCCAUACUCCUCCACUGUAUUUGCUGCUGUGACCACAGAUGGAACAGUUCACGUUUUUGACCUCAACAUCAACAAAUAUGAGGCUAUCUGCCAGCAGCCAGUGGUGUCCAAAAAGAAGACCAAGCUGACUCACGUAGAGUUUAAUCCCAUUUAUCCCAUUAUCAUCGUGGGUGAUGACCGAGGCUAUGUUACCAGCCUCAAACUCUCUCCUAACCUCCGGAAGAAACCCAAGGCAAAGAAGGGCCAGGAGCUACCUAAAGGUCCAGAAGUGGAAGUAGCCAAAAUGGAGAAGCUACUGAGUCUGCUGAGGGAACCAGAGCAAAGCACAGUUUAA